UGCAAUGUAUCGUUACAUUAAGUGACCCUUUGAUGUCGUGAAUUGUCACACUCGCAAAUGUAUUUUGCUUAUAGCCCCGUAUCAAAUGCAACCAUAGCUCAAUGUCACCCGUUUUACGUUGAGUAAUUCCCUUCAACGUAGUGCCAAAGAUGUGUAUAACGUUGCUUAACUUUCAGGUCUGCUUACGUAAUCGCCUGUCAGUGGUCGCUUUACGGUAGAUCGUGGAGGUCAGAGAAGCACGAUGAAAAGGCUAACCCAACUAUAAUUUACAAAAAGCUGAUAAUUUCAAUAUCUAACUACCCACAGUAAGACAGCGUACAACACUAUUCAAACGUGAACAUAUUACUGCGUUUUAGAUACUAGGAAAUAUCACCAACGUUAUUGCUUUUGGCUUGCAUCAUCACGUUUGGUCAGCUAGGCUAAUGUUAGCUAGUUAGCUAGCUAACCCAACCAGCAUCUCCAGCCCGAAGCGUUCGCCGGGUGAGUCUCCAGAUCGUCACCAUACAUGGACAGUAACGCCCCUGGGUCGGGAGGGAAAGGCGGCCUCGGGAGUCUCUUUGGAGGCAGCGAAUACUCCAACACAGAGCUCGCCGGUGUCCCAUUGACUGGAAUGAGCCCCCUGUCGCCUUAUCUUAAUGUUGACCCCCGCUACCUCGUACAGGACACAGAUGAGUUCAUCCUGCCAACAGGGGCUGGUAAAACUAGAGGGAGGUUUGAACUGGCCUUCUUCACCAUCGGGGGCAGCUGCAUCACAGGAGCUGCGUUUGGGACAGUGAAUGGUCUGAGGAUGGGGUUGAAGGAGACCAGAGAAAUGGGCUGGACUAAACCUCGUAACGUCCAGAUUCUCAACAUGGUGACCAGACAAGGUGCAUCCUGGGCCAACACUCUGGGCUCUGUUGCGUUAUUGUACAGUAUAUUUGGCGUGGCCAUAGAGAAGGCUAGAGGAGCAGAGGAUGACAUCAACACUUUGGCUGCUGGGACUCUCACAGGCAUGCUGUUCAAAUCCUCAGGAGGGCUGAAGGGAGUGGCUCGUGGCGGUCUGGUGGGGUUGGCCAUGUCUGGUGCCUACGCUCUCUACAGUAACUGGGACCAUAUCAGAGGCGGCUCCUCUUCUUCAAAUCUCUACUGAACACAUCCCUCCCUAUCUAUUGCGUUUCAUCCAAAAUUCCACCCUAUUCCCUACUUGGUGUACUACUUUUGGCCAGAGUCUCAGGGAAUAGGUUACCAAUACUCAAACCCUCCCACAAAUAUCACCAGCCCCUUCCCUUGUUCACUUCCUGACUUGAGAGGGUUCUGGGAUAUUGGAGGCAUGACUGAGAUGUCAUUAAACCAUGGACUAAAUUACCUCCAAGAAACACCCCCCCCAGCCCUGUCCUUCUGGGUUACCUCCCAUCUCACCCACACAGAUCUGAAAAGGCCUCACGCUAUUUCCAAGGGGUUUAUGUGUUAUUGUAUUGGGAACUGUUUUUAGAAAUGUGUCUUUUGUUAUAUUAUUGAAUGCUAUGUCUCAUAGCCUGGAAGAGGGAAAGAGUCAUGUAAAUAGUAUGUCCAUGUUAAGAGUAUAUGCUAAGUAAAUGGAUACUGGGGCCCUGUUGUAAUCAAUUUUACAUGCCUCCUCCCUCCCUGUGAAGUGAUCACUCAUCUGACAUGACUGGAGUGAUGAAAACAAUUCAGUGGAAAUCGGUUAACAGCUAUCCAGUCAUGUCUGGUCAGUGAUACAUCCACCCUUCCCCUCCUUGAAGUUAUCUGAACAUCUCGGGCGGAGUUACUGACUGGUUAUUUUACGAGGUUACACACUUGACUCACGACUGUGUUAGUCCCCUGAGGUAAAGCCAAAUGGUUAGUACAGGGAGCGAACGCAAGGUUACUCAUCUAAGCAUGGUUCAUUGAACCACCUCUGCAACACUGGUCUAAGACCCAACCAGAGAGCUUCUGGAAGUCAUGAUUGUAGUCCUUUGCUUUCAUGUGACUGUGGGUUGUAGUCCUUCAGAUACAGAACAAGACUUCUCAUGAAGCUGAAGAGCAAAGAGACAUUCAUCCCAGCACACACCCUACCAAGGCCUUACAAUCAAAACUGUUGUAAUGUAUUUAUUAAUAGUGGGUACUAUUUUCCUGUUAAGAGUUGGAGUCGAUGCUGGCCUUUCUAAAAGUUACUUCCAAACAGUACUGAAAGUGUCUGUAUUAUCUAUUUGUGUCCUUGCCUGUUAAGCCCACUGUAAGAACAAUACAACAAUCAUUCAAAAUGAGAA